GUUUUACUGGGACCUCAUCAUGCUGCUCCUGAUGGUGGGGAACCUGAUCAUCCUGCCCGUGGGCAUCACCUUCUUCAAGGAUGAGAACACCCCUCCCUGGAUCGUUUUCAACGUGCUUUCGGACACUUUCUUCUUGGCUGACCUGGUGCUGAACUUCCGGACAGGCAUUGUGGUGGAGGACAACACGGAGAUCAUCCUUGACCCUCACACCAUCAAAAUGAAGUACUUGAAGAGCUGGUUCCUGGUGGACUUCGUCUCCUCCAUCCCGGUUGACUAUAUCUUCCUCAUCGUUGACCUGGAGACCCAGGUGGAUUCAGAUGUCUACAAGACAGCCCGGGCCCUGCGCAUCGUCCGCUUCACCAAGAUCCUCAGCCUGCUGCGCCUGCUGCGCCUCUCGCGCCUCAUCCGCUACAUCCACCAGUGGGAGGAGAUCUUUCAUAUGACAUACGACCUGGCCAGCGCGGUGGUGAGGAUCUUCAACCUGAUCGGGAUGAUGCUGCUGCUGUGCCACUGGGACGGCUGCCUCCAGUUCCUGGUGCCCAUGCUGCAGGACUUCCCCGAGGACUGCUGGGUCUCCAUCAACCACAUGGUGAACGACUCCUGGGGGAAGCAGUACUCGCACGCCCUCUUCAAGGCCAUGAGCCACAUGCUCUGCAUUGGCUACGGCCAGCAGGCGCCUGAGGGCAUGACCGACGUCUGGCUGACCAUGCUGAGCAUGAUCGUGGGGGCCACCUGCUAUGCCAUGUUCAUCGGCCACGCCACCGCCCUCAUCCACAGUGCAGCUUGUUUCAGCCCUGCCUUGUCCCCGCAGUACAAGCAAGUGGAGCAGUACAUGUCAUUCCACAAGCUGCCCGGCGACACGCGCCAGCGCAUCCACGAGUACUAUGAGCACCGCUACCAGGGCAAGAUGUUUGACGAGGAGAACAUCCUGGGGGAGCUCAGCGAGCCGCUCAAGGAGGAGAUCAUCAACUUCAACUGCCGCAACCUGGUGGCCAACAUGCCCCUGUUUGCCAACGCGGACCCCAACUUCGUGACUGCCAUGCUGACGAAGCUGCGCUUCGAGGUCUUCCAGCCCGGGGACUUCAUCAUCCGCGAGGGCACCGUGGGCAAAAAGAUGUACUUCAUCCAGCAUGGCGUGGUCAGCAUCCUCACCAAGGGCAAUAAGGAGACAAAGCUGUCUGACGGCUCCUACUUUGGAGAGAUCUGCCUGCUGACGCGGGGCAGGCGCACGGCCCGCGUGCGAGCUGACACCUACUGCCGCCUCUACUCCUUGUCGGUGGACAAUUUCAACGAGGUGCUGGAGGAGUACCCCAUGAUGCGCAGGGCCUUUGAGACCGUGGCCAUGGACCGGCUGGACCGCAUAGGGAAGAAGAAUUCCAUCUUGCUCCGCAAGCGAGCCGAGCACAGCGCGGGGCCGAUGAACAACGAGAUGAUCCAGCAGAUCGUGAAGCAUGACCAGGACAUGGCCCACAACAUCCAGGACCUGCAGCAGAUGGCCAUGGGCCGGGAGCUGAGC